AAACUUCAUUACUAAUCUCUCUUAAAAGGCUUUUACUUCCUACAACAAAAUAGUCUCACAACUACGAAAACAAUGGCUUCCAAAUCCGUAGUCGUUUUCCUCUUCCUCACUCUCGUGGCCUCCUCCGCCGUUGCUCAAGCUCAAGGACCAGCUCCGACUACUUCUCCCCUUCCCGCCUCUCCUCCACUGGUCCAAUCUCCAAGAGCCGCCGUAUCAGCACCUUCACCCUCAACCAUUCCGCCUCCCCCAGCUCCUACCACCGCUCCGAUUAGUCAACCACCGACUGAUUCUCCCACCACCUCCACCUCUCCACCAGCUCCUCUGACGUCUCUCUCCCCUGCCGGAGCUCCCAGUACAAAUGUUCCCUCUGGACCUGCUCAGUCUAUUUCUCCCAUUCCUGACUCUCCCAACUCCGCUUCAGUGAACAGAAUCGCCGUCGCUGGAAGCUUCGUCGGACUCGCCGUUGUCGCUGCUUCGCUCAUGUAGAGUGCUAUAGAUCCAUCUGAUAGAUUCAGUAGGAGUUUUUUUGGGUUCAUUGUUUGUCCAUUUUCUAUAUUUAGUUUAUUAUGUUAUUUUGGAAUUGAGAGUUGUAUGGACGGUGGAGUUUUUGUAUGAGUUUUAUAGUUUUUUUUUAGAU